AUGGCUCUUCAGAACAUCGGCGCCGGAAACAGAGACGAUGCCUUCUACAGAUACAAGAUGCCCCGGAUGGUCACCAAGAUAGAAGGGCGCGGGAACGGCAUCAAGACUAACGUGGUCAACAUGGUGGACAUAGCCAAGGCCCUGGCGCGGCCCGCCGCCUACAUCACCAAGUACUUCGGCUGCGAGCUCGGGGCCCAGUCCAAGUUCGACGAGAAGACCGGGGUCUCCCUGGUCAACGGCGCCCACGAUGCCCAGAAGCUCUCCGCCCUGCUCGAGGCCUUCAUCAAGAGGUACGUCCAGUGCUACGGCUGCGGGAACCCGGAGACGGACGUCGCCAUCUCCAAGACCCAGACGAUCGCCCUCCACUGCACCGCCUGCGGAUUCGUCUCCGACGUGGACAUGCGGGACAAGCUCACCGCCUUCGUCCUCAAGAACCCCCCCGAGGCCCGAAGGUCGUCGGCCAACAAGGACAAGAAGGAGAUGAGACGCGCGGAGAAGGAGCGGCUCAGGGAGGGUGAGGCCGCCGACGAGGGGCAGAAGAAGCUCCGCAAGGAGACCCGCAGGAGGGCGCCCCACGUGGCGAGUAAGAAGCACGGCAGUUCCGAGGAUGAGAACGGCGACGACGAAGAGGUCCAGUGGCAGACAGACACCUCCUUGGAGGCGGCCCGCCAGCGGAUACAUGAGCAACUCACCGCCGCCACCGCCGAGAUGGUCAAGCUCUCCAUCGCCGGCGAGCCGCCAAAGCGGAUUCAGAAGCAGCAGCCUCCGGAGGCUACCAAGAAGAGCAAAGAGUCCAACGGCCACUCCCCUGCUGAAGCGGCUGCCAGUGAAGCCCACAAGGCCCUGACGGCGGAGAUGAAGGCCGAGCUCGACAAGAAGGGCGCCACCCCCCGCCGGCUCGCCGCCGCACUGGCCGCGGCCAAGGCGGGCCCGCAGCCGGCGAUGGACGCGCUGUUCGAGGCGGCCUGUGGUGGCGCUGGCAGGGGCAUGGCGCGGGAGCUCGCGAAGAGGGCGGCCUUCCUCGGCGCCGUGGCCCACGACGCGGCGUCGCAAUUGCGGCUGCUUCGGGCCAUGGAGGCCUUCUGCGGCCGCGCAGGCGCCGAUGCGUCGAAGGAGGUUGCACUGGCGGCGAAGGCGCUGUACGACGCCGACGUGGUGGAGGAGGGCUGCAUCGUUUGCUGGUACGAGGCGGGCCUCGCUGGCGCCGGCCGGGCCUCCCCCGUCUGGAAGAACUUGAAGCCCUUCAUCGACUGGCUUCAGAGCGCCGAGUCCGAGUCCGAGUCCAACGAGUGA